UCGAUUGCUGCGCCGUCGAAGAUGGAGACAUCUUUGAAGAGCGUUGAAUAUGUCGUGGAUCCGACCACCAGGAUCGCUACCAUCUCCUUAGCGCGCCCCAAGCGGCUGAAUGCCAUCGACGAUGUGAUGCCCAGGGAGAUCGCCAAGUGUGUGGCGUUGGCCAAUGCUGACGAUCGGGUGCAUGCCAUCAUUCUGCAGGGUCUAGGACGGGCCUUUUGCGCAGGGUAUGACCUCAAGGAAUAUUCCGAAGGUUCACCAGUGGGCGAUGCUUCUCCAAAUCAAGGGAUGCCAUGGGACCCCACGGUGGAUUUCCACUUCAUGUGGACCAACACCCAGGAUUUCAUGUCCCUCUGGCAUUCCUUCAAGCCCACCAUUUGCAAGGUGCAUGGAUUUGCGGUUGCAGGUGGCAGUGACAUUGCUCUCUGCUGUGAUUUGGUGGUCAUGGCCGAGGACGCGAAGAUCGGAUAUCCACCGGCACGUGUUUGGGGCUGUCCCACCACAGCGAUGUGGACCUUUCGGCUGGGCCCUGAAAGGGCUAAGAGGAUGCUGUUGACGGGCGAUCUGAUCACUGGCACUGAAGCUGCGCAGAUGGGUUUGGUUUUGCGCGCUGUCCCGGUCGAUCAGUUGGAUGCGACCGUCCUGGAACUUGCACGGCGGAUGUCCAGCGUUCCUCGGAAUCAGUUGAUGAUGCAGAAAAUGGUGAUCAAUCAAAGUAUUGAGGCAUCGAUGGCGGCAACGCAGCGGUUAGCCACGUUUUUCGAUGGCGUCACGCGGCAUUCGCCCGAAGGAAUGUGGUUCAAAGCUCGUGCCGAAGAAGUUGGCUUCGCGCAAGCAGUCAAGGAACGCGACCAGGGCGACUUCAUUGCCCCAGAGGUGGCGCGGAGAACCCUGCGCCGAGCAAAGCUUUGA